AUGGCAGCUGGUUGGCGAGUAGCGGCUCUUGGCCUGCUGUCGGUAGCCCUUGGAGGAUUCCUCCUGACCAGGCUGGAGUCGAACCAAGGCAGGACAGAGCUGGAGGACCUUGGAGGAUACCAUCCGAGGGCAUGGCUUGCGAAGCAGGCAGAGGGAUCACAAUUGCCAGGUCAUGGUAGGAUUAGCGACUCGAAUGAUCCGCUGGCAAACAUGAGGCUCUUCUCUCGAGGAAACAUGGAUUACGGCGGUUCCAACGGCGACUACGUCGACGACAACAGCAUCGGGGUGAAGAUUGAAAGUUUGAAGUCAAGGAACCCAGCAAGAACUCAAAUGCUCUUGUUGAACUCGGCGGCUGACUGGAUGCAACCUAUCAACCCUUACCUGCCUCCGACUGACCUCUACUUUUUCUGGGGACAGUCCACUGAUUAUGGAACUUUGGCAAGUGGAUAUUCAGGCGGACGUGGCCAUGCGAGCAGCGGCGAGAGAAUCCGUCAGGUCCUCAAGUUUGGGACGUUCACUGGCAACGGAUACACUGAUGACAUGUCGGGGCACGGAAAGUUCCUUAGGAGCUGGAGCGGAAACGAAUUUCAAGCGCUCUCGAUCAAGUGCUGUCACACUCUCCUGGUCCCGCCCAUGGAACGAGACUUGCCCAUCACUUCGGAGCAGGAUAACCUGGCCAGAAGGAUCAGGAGCUUUGUUGCGAACGGCAACAUGCUGAUCAUGACAGGAGGCGACUACUCGUCCCUGGUCUUCAUCAAUCGCUUCUUCCACUUUGACUUGAAGAAGACCGUCUACGAUCAGGGGCCCUUUGAGAAGAUGCCAGAAGCCUCGAUGCCGCAGAAUGCGCGGGAGGCUUUUGCCAACCUGCCUGAGACUAUCCCACAAUCCGGCCUCUCCGUCACCACUAUCACUAAGGAAUCUCUUCCUCCUGACACGAAGCUCAUCUACGGAACUCCCGUCUCUUCUCCUGUGUUCCAGCUUACCUACUGCGAGAGCACCAUCCCAGACGAGCAGUGCCAGAUCGUGAAGCCCAACGGAUACUCCUGCGCACAGGACGUGAUCCCGAGUGAGUGCCCGAGCAUGCGCGAGAGCGGAAGGCCCUGCUCAUGUGGAACCAUCCUGUAUAUCGGCUACGACUUCGUGGACCAUCACAGUCACUCUAUCGGGGAGAGCCUCUGGGACAAGGUACUCAGGGCUGCAGUUUCCAUGCCCAAGGUUGGUGAGCCAGGGCUGGGAGAGUUCACUCAAUACACGUAG